CUCGGGAGUCCGACGAAAAACGUCUCGCAUGCGCAGAACAGUGAUGUAUGCAAUAAAACGCGACAGUCAAAUAUACGAGUUACGUUUCAAUAUAUGUAUGUAUGUACAUACACUGCCAAUACUGAAACUCUAUAAUAGUUCAAGUUACAUAUACUAGAAGUUUUUAGUACUGGCAGUGAAUUUUGGUAUAUAGAGCCGUAGAUUUGCAUUGUAGAAAUUUGACUGUGUUACUUUUUGGCAGAACCUGCUAAUGGAUAAUUUAAAGACAGUUUGUUUAAUUGCAAUCAAUUAUUUGAGUAAAUUAAUAUUCUAUGAUGGAAGCAUAGAUGUCAAUGAUGAAGAAGAUAGCGAUGAAGAAAUGGAAUUGUAUUUGCACAGAUUAAAAAUCCGCAUUAAUAAUCCAGCAACCAAGCCUCAUCGCAUUGAAGGUUUUAUCGAGAGGGUUGUUGAUAUGUCUACCGCUUCCGAAUUUCAAAGUCACUUCAGAAUAACGGUGACAAGUUUUCAGUGGCUCCUAAAUCGAAUAGCUCCUUUAUUAGAAAGUGCUCGAGCAGGUGGACAUCAAAGUACAGAUCCAAAAAAACAAUUACUCGCCUUUUUGUGGUUAUUAGCAACACCGGUCAGUCGGUAGUCGUUUUCAUCUUGGAAAAUCUACACUAUCUGCUAUUUUUAUGCGGGUUGUGACUGCUUUAAAUGAGAUUUCUUCGGAAAUAAUAUUUUGGCCAAAUAGUGAGCAACGCCAACGCAUAACAACAUCUUUUCAAGCUUCUGCUGGAAUAGAAGGCAUAGUUGGUGCUAUCGAUGGAACAUACAUUCCUAUUAAGGCUCCAAGUGCAAAUCCGGAUGUGUACAUUAACAGAAAAUGUUUUCAUGCCCUAACUCUGCAAGUAAUAAGCGAUAAUAAUAUGUUAAUUCUAGAUGGCUUUGCUGGUUAUCCUAGCAGAGUUUCAGAUAUAAGGAUUUUUCGAAAUUCGCCAAUAUACGAAGAUUUUAUGAACUAUCCAAAUAAUUAUUUUGAUGACAACCAAUUUAUUAUUGGGGAUAAAGCAUAUCCCGUUUUGCAGUGGUGCAUACCUCCUUACAUCGAGAGAAGAAAUGUUACCGAAAGACAAAAACAUUUCAAUACUUGCCACGCUAAGUCUCGUCAAGUAAUUGAACGUUGUUUUGCCCUAUUAUUUGGAAGAUUUAGGCGAUUGAAAUAUCUCGAUAUGAAUCGGACAGACUUCAUAGCACCAACAAUAAUUGCUGCAUGCGUUUUACAUAAUGUAUGCUUAAAUAAUCCAGAAAAUCAAGAAAUAAGAGACAUGUUUAUAGAUGAAGGGCUUCAGGCAGUGAUAAAUAAUGCUAAUAAUGUUAAUCAUGUAGUAGCUAACGAUAAUAUAAAUAUACAAGAACUGGGAAUUGAAGGUCACGUAUUACGAGAUAGGAUUGCAGAAAAUUUGUAUCCGUUUCAAUAAUAAGUUUUAUUUUAUAUCCAA